AUGAAAAAGUUUUUCGAAAAAGCCAAGUUAGAUUAUAAGUUCAAGAAAGCAGGUGAGGGCCAUACCUUAGCAGAUGACAGCAGCACAGCUUCCCGACAGCAAGCAACCACCUCUGCAACUGCAAUACGGACAACCCCAAGUUCAGAUGCACAGAGAGCUGGGCAGGUGAGUUAAAAAAUUUGUAAUCAUUUUCUACUCGAGCGUUUGGAGAAAACAUUGUACUUGGAUAAGAAUGUGGCAGUGUGCUUUCAGGACAGACAGACAGACAUUUGUUCUUUUCUCUUCACUAACUCAUUUGCUCACUCGCGCCUUUAUUUCUUCCGUUUCUUUUCAAAGGUCAACAUGGAAUUUCAGAGGUUGAUACAGAAUCUUAAAAAUCGAUGAUAUUGUUUGUCAGAAUUUUUUCCCUUGUCAAGGUCUUCUGAAAUGAUUUCCAGUAGGUUAGUUGAAGGUGAAUAAUUUAUCGAGAGCAAUCUUAACAAAUUUUCUCUCUCCUCAACAGUCUUGGUCACUUUUUGGGUUUUUCUUUCCAUUUUGUCCUUGUUUUAUAUCACUAAACCUAAGCUUUUGCAGUUGUCUUGCUCUGAAGGUAAUAUAAAGAGAUAAAGAUGUGUUAUUUUGUAAUUACAUUCAAUUGUCGGGUUAUCUGGACCCAGCUGAGGAUUUUGAGUAAAACUAAGGAACCUUGUCGUGUACACAAAUCUAGCACAUGCAAAUUAUUGGAUUCAAAAUACUGUAAUGUACCAGCAGUUUCAUCUUUUUUACUCAGGCUGCUUUGGAAAGGUUUUCAGUUCAUGAAAAAAAUGCUGUGAAGAAGCCAAAGUCUGCCACAGCCUCAUGGAAACACAGUGGACAAGGAGGGACAUCUCAGAGUAACAGUGGUACAGGAGCAGCACUGAACCUGAGUCAGCUGAAAAGAGAAGGUUUGAGGUUAUUGUUUCAAUAAAUUUUUUUGUCAUGAUCAGCUGCUCAAAUGUAGACUGAUCUAUGGUUACUUGUGGGUAACUUUACCUUUUACCACUUCUUCCAAUUUUGGGAUAAUCAGUUGAUCCAAUACUAAAAUCUCUGAACUAACACUGUAAGAAUUAUAUGGUUGACAGUAAAGAAAAUGACAAAUUUGAUCUGCAAGUGAAAGGGUUAACCAUUAAUGAUCUAGACUUUGUGUUGGAGAGUCAGGGUUCAAUAAGUCCCAGUUUGAAACUUAGGGAGGUCAUUGUGUGUUGUGUUGUUGGACAUGACACUCCUACAGUGCUUCUCUCUACUCAGGAGUAGAAAUGGGUACUGUUGAAUUGUCAGGUAAAGCCAAUGAAAAGCCUGAGGGUUGCCUUGAUGAACUAACAUUUCAUGCGUAGGGAGGAGCAAUACUCCUAUUUGCUUCAUGCAACAGAAAACUGGAUGAGCUCUGGCUGAAUGAGCCAUUUGGUUGUAGCACAACUUUACCUUCUUACCUACCUACUUUAGUUAGCUUAGACAACUAUUUCAAAAUUAUCAAAAUCCCCCUACCAUGGUUUUUUGAGAAGUAGCUACAAAGAGGCUUGUAACAAGUGCUCAUAGGAUUUUACAUAAAACCAGACAAAGUAAUUUUGAGCACAUCAAUACCACUGAUUUUGUGAAAAGGCCUUUGUAAAUUGAUAAUUGGGAAGAACAGCUCCUGUCUACUGACUGUCAACCAACUGUCAGCUGACAGAUAAUGCAGGCUGCUAGCAUAUCUUCAAUAGGUUACUGACAGGUUACCAGCUGGCCCAUACAAAAAUUAUUACUAUUUAGACAACCAAGAGGUUUUUUCACUAAGUUAUUCAUCACAAUUACCUUUAAAUUACAUGGAUUGGUAUCUUUUCAGUGAGACAGGAGUUGGCAUAUCAAGAAGCCUGUCAUCAAAGAGACCUUCAGAGAGAGGUUCAAUCUACUGCUGAGGUGAAUUUUGUGCCAUUACACCUUUCAUAAAAUUGCCAGGAAACUUGAAAUUCUCUUCAGUGUUUAUAGACUGGAGUCUAUUGGGAAGUAGGUCUAAUUGAAGUGGGUGGCUUAUUAUAAACUCGCUGAGUUACUGAUUUUUUUUUUCUCAAUUGUUGGUUGGCUUCAACAAAUACCAUCACAUAAUAUGCAUUUCUAUGGUUGAAAAACUUAAGUUGGUAGAUCUUUGAAACAGAAACAAAAGAGAACCAUCAGUAGUUUGAGAAAAUAAGUUUACUCUCACCUGUCUUUUUAUUUCCUCAGCCAACACAUGUAGAAUGUUCAACUGUGCGGUCUCAAGAAGGAGUGUAUUUUUCUUGCCCAGUGUGUCCAAUUACAGUUUUAAAAAGUGAACUAGAUGCACAUAUGUCAGAAUGUCUCUCUAAGGUAUUUUAUUUCAUUUUAGAAUCAUAGAACUGUUGGUUUAAUUACAGACUGGUUGUUUGUCUUACUUCAUGCCUGAAAGAUGGAAUGACUAACUAACUGCAUGGCUAAUUGACUAUUGAAUAAAGGAGGCUAGUUUCUCAAGGAUCAUUUUGCUGCACUAUUGGGGUUAUUUCAAGAUAACUCAGUCUUAUCAACUGAGUUGAUAACCUAAAAAGAAAGUAUACAGUAUGAACAGUUCUUAAGCUGACAUUGCCAGCAUUUUCCCUUUGUCAGAGCCCUUCAUGACUCAUUCUAAUAAAGGGCUAAUGCUCAAAGGCUCAACUUUAAAAACUCUUUACAAUGGAUAGUUUAAGUUAUCAACUCAUAUGAAAAACAAAAUCAUCUUGAAUGAUUGACUGACUUACUGACAAACUAAAUGACAAUUUAUAUCAACUGAUAAAUAUAUUACUUAAUUGAUUGAUUAAAGGUUAAUUUUGUAGAUGUAAGGAGUGAUUAAAUAAAGAUUGACAGAUUGAAAGUCUGACUGAAUAAUUUACCUCCGAGGUAGAUUAUACAGUCAGUUAGUCCUGUAUACAUCAUGAUGAUAAAAUUUCAUUCUUUUCUUCAGCAAUAUCCUGAUGAACCACUGACAACCUCAUGUUCCAUGAUACACACCCUAAACAAGGAUAAAGAAAAGGUUAAAGCCUGCAUUGACCUGAUCUGUAGGUAUGAAUUUGUUUUUGUUUCAAAUAUACUUUAAACUUGUUUGAAAGUCAACUGAACUAAAUGAUUGAAAUUAAUUAUCUUAAACUCAAUUUAUGUCAAUGAUUAUGACUCUUCCAUGAAUCAUGCUCUAUUAGAUACCUUGAUAAUAUCUGCAAGAAUCCAGAAGAGGAAAAAUAUAGAAAAGUAAAGCAAAGCAACAAAAUAUUCCAGGUAAGACUUAAAGGCAUGUUUUAAUUCAUGAGUUGCAUAUGUUUCAUUUGUAUCUCAGUUUAAUAUAACUGCAUGGUACAAUGUAGUUUACUCUGUAGGGCAAUGCCAUAUGAUGUAAUUUACUCCCAAUCAUGUAAAUACAGUCCCUUAAAGUUCUUACUUUUGAUUUUUUUUACCAAGGAACGUGUAGUGCCCAUUAAAGGUGCCACUGAAUUCCUUCUUGCCUGUGGAUUUGAAGACAAAGUUCUCCCAGUAGAAGGUAAAUGAAAACAUGAAGGAUUUCUUAUGACAAACUCAAUCUGUAAAACAAACCUGUCACCUGUAGAAGUUGGUGAUGAAUUACUUUCCUUGGCCACCUAUUGUGUGUACUAUAUUCAGCUUGCUUUUUCAGUGGGUUUUGAGUUUCAAGUGAGUAAUAUGACUUAUUGGGUCAGUGGUCAUGUUACAUCUUCUGAUCAGGUGGUUCAUUAGUUGUGUUCCACAGCUAGCAGUCAGGUCAGAGGAAAGUAUAUUUAUGAUAUGAUAAAGUUCUCUUUAAAUUUUUUUAUUAAUUAUACUAUAUUUUUUUAUUAUUUCUUCUUUAGCAGAUUCAGCAGAAAAGUUUUAUGUUUUGCCAAAGGAGCGUUCUGACUGUGAACAGUUAAAUGUGUACAAAGAGAUAUUGACGUCAAGUGAAGCUUUGAAGGCAAAACUGGAUCGUUGCUUAAAGGUAUGUUGUUUCUUUGAUCAUAUUAACCCUUUACACCUAACAUCAGUAUAAAUAUUCUCCAUACUGUUCUCUAUAUAUUCCUUAAGAGCCAACGAGGAGAAUUUGUUUCACAGACAACAGCUUCUUUAGCUGGUGAUCAUUUCCUUUAUUCUCAUUAUGUUACUGUGUGAUUCGCGGGUGGUAUUUUAAAAGGAAAUUAGAUGCUAGUCAUUCUUAGGGGUUAAAUGAUGCCUGUUUCUGCAAAGAGAUGCAGUUUGUAUGAGUGAAAGAUGAAGAUGCACGUGUAUAAUGAACAUGAUUUUAGCUUACAUGGAAAUAGUUUGAAAUGUGGAUUAGUGGCUCAGAAAUCAUAAGAAUACUGGCAGGUAUCAUUUGGUGUUUAUGAACUAUAACGUAAAAAAAUCAAGUUACACUCAAAAAGAAAUUGAAAGAGAAGCUGAUAUGAAUUGAGUAAAACACAAUAAUUUCUGUCAGGUUUCAAUGAUUGUCUUACAUUAUAUCCUUCUCAAUUUCUUUUUAUUUUUUUUUUUUUUUUUUUUUUUUUUUUUGUUUAUGUUUGUAAGUUUGUUUUGUUUGGUGUUUUCACCCUUGUAGGUUUACAAGCCAAGCAGCCAAGCACGUCAUUUUGAGGUCCCCUGGGAUUUCUUUAACAAGACAGCUGAAGAGGUCAAAAGUGAACAGAUGGCAAGGUAACAUAAGUUUCACUACUGAUCCUUUGAAAAGACAGCCAUCUGGUUGCCUAUUGGUCUUCAAGUCAGAAAAUUCGUAGAUUGGGUAAUUUAGUAUUACCAACUGAGCUGAUAACGUAAAUUGGCUACCGUUAAGAGUUUCAAUGCUGACGUUUCGAGCGUUAGCCAUUCGUCAUUCGCUUUGACAAUGGGCUAACGCUCGAAACGUCAGCUUUUAAAUUCUUUACGGUGGCCAAUUUACUCUAUCAACUCAGUUAAUACUAAAAAACCUUGUUGUACUUUCCCACUGACGUAGCGCCACAGUUUCUAUAGAAACUAAUUUCCCUUAGCUCGUGGAUCGUUUGUCUGGCUGGGAACGGCCUGCGAAGCUGCUACAAUGAAGGGUUUUAGAACUGCAUGUAUCAAUUAUUGAACAAACUAAGUACUCAGGCAAUUUCUUACACAAAGGGUAUUCAAAUGAAUGUAAUUACAAGAUUUUAUUUCCAUACGUCGAUCAAUAGGAAGCUUCAACAUUCACCCCUGGGGCAACCCAAGGGCAUUUGAACUUUUGAAGAUCGGUUCGAUCAAAUCCACCUCAUCCCCCCCUUCCCCCGCCUAAGUUGAUCGUCAUUGUCAUUUUUUUGUUAAAAGCAAGAUGAGCAACCGUGGCUUUCUUUAAGACCUCUUCUUCUGGGUCUCUGCUCGCGAAAAUGAACUUUUUAUUUAUAAACACCUCCAUAUUAAAAGAUGAAAUACGUCUAUUCCGCUCUAAAGAUGUGACAGUUCCGGUUCGAAUUCCCCACACCACUCAGGUAAGGUCCGAGUUCACUACCCCCACCUCACGGCACGGACAAGAGUCAAAUGCGUUAUUGUCUAUGUUACACAAUCAUCUCUUGUUUUAUCAUUCUCCAGAACGGAGGAAGUUGAGAAAAACUCUCAGCUCAGAACUCGAGCUAUGCGUGAAGCAGAGAAACGCCCAUCCAAGACCUACCGUUUCACUUUGGUGCGGAUACGUUUGCCUGAUGGGAUCAUCCUUCAAGGUGCGUAUUUUGAACCCACGGGUUUCUCUGUUCCACUUCAAAUGUAUUCUAUACUUUUUUUUCUCCCGUCUACAGGAACAUUUUAUUCCAGAGAAAAACUUCGGGACGUUUUCGAGUUUAUUCGGCAGUCUCUUGUGUCCGACUGGCAGCCUUUUCUACUUUUUGAGGCUGGUAGACAGUUGAAAGAUGAAAACGCUACCUUGGUCGACUUAGGCCUGGUAAGUAAGAAAAGGCACUUCCGAAAGGUUCGAUUUGAUUAUGCCUACUUUUUAAGCUCUUUACUCUAAUUGUUUCUUCAUGGAAACCCGGUGCGAAGCUGGAGAUUUGAAGAAAGCCCUUUUAAAAGACAUGAAAGGAUAAAGGCACAGAAAGCAAAAAGACAAAGAUAAAAGAAAACCAUUCAACACGACUUCAUUUCCCUCCCCUUCGUUGGGAGCUGAAAAUUAUUCCUUUCCAUGCUUGUCAGAGGUUAACAAAAUCUUUCUUUAUUAGGAGACCGAGACCAUUUUUACUAAGGUGUUGUUAUUUUUAUUGUGCAGGUCCCAGCUGCUUUGGUGAACUUUAAGUGGGACCCAGAUGUUAUGAAAGAAAUCGCAGCGGCACAAGGCCGAGUGGACGAAAAUGUCUUCCUGAAACCCGAAGUGCUGUGCAGAGUACAGGACCUUAGCUAGAACAUUAUUUUAGAAUUACAGUGGCGGAUCUAGUGGAGGGGCCCGGGGGGCCUGGGCCCCCACUUUUUCGGGGAAAAAAAGGGAAUAGCAGAAGGAAGAAAUGCCGGCAGGGCAGGCAACAAAAAAAUCCCCCCCCCCCCUUAGCUCAAGGUCUAGAUCCGCCACUGAAUCAUCAGUGAUUUCAUUUUAAAGCUGGAAGUUUUCAUGAAAAAAGAAAACAAAAAGAAACGAAGGUUAUAAAAAUGGUAAGGUGCCCUUCAAACUUUACUCAGAAGCCCAUAAAAGAGCCUGUUUGGAUAAAAAGAGAAUGUAUUUAAAGUGAACGAUCCGGGAAAAGGCAUCGCUAGAAAUACAAAGGGGUCCCCCCAAAUAAGAUAAAACAAGUGUUCCUUUGCUAAUAUUGACACUGUAAAUAAAUGAAUAGCGUAAAUAGAAAAUGUCUUAAAUGGCAAGAGGCCGACGAGUUGGCUGUUUACAAAGGGCAGGCGAGGAGUUGGACUUGGGACUUUGGAGGAGUUAAGUAUCUGAACCUGGGACCUCCAGAAUUGAAUAUACAGCGCGUUUAACAUCUCAGCCACCCUGUGUCCCCUCGAGUUAAGUACACUGUUCAGCAGUACAGGAUGUAGUAGAAGCGAAUAAAAGAAGUGUCAAAGAG